CCUCGAUCUCUCCGUCCACCUUGACGACCCUUCCUGGGUUAACCGUUCUCCUUAUAAUUCCAUCAGAGGCGCUUCAUCACCUUCACUCCAUCAACCUGUCUUCUCUUCCCCUCCGCCCGGCCCUGUCAAUAACACCCCUUUCUAGACGCUUGAAUUUCAAGGAGGGAAAAAAAUGGCCAGCAGCUUCACGAGAAUCCUCUCCUCCAAGAGAAACGUCGGAAUCCUCUCGUUGGUCGGCGGCUCCGUAGCGGCCGGGUUUCUGCUCCAUCGGGAACAUGUCACCGCCGGAGAGCCUCUGCGCAGGAGAUACCCCGCCAGCGCGGAGUACCCUGACCUGCGCAAACACAACAACUGCAUGGCCAGCCACUUGACUCCGGCCAUCUACGCCAAGUUGUGUGAUAAGACCACGCCCAACGGGUACACGCUGGACCAGGCCAUCCAGACGGGUGUGGACAACCCGGGUCACCCCUUCAUCAAAACCGUUGGGCUGGUAGCAGGAGACGAGGAGUCCUAUGAGGUGUUUGCAGACCUCUUGGAUCCUGUCAUCAAAGAGAGGCACAAUGGCUACGAUCCCCGUGUAAUGAAACACCCCACUGACCUGACUGCCAGCAAGAUCCAGUCCGGUGUUUUCGAUGAGCGCUACGUGCUGUCGUCCAGGGUGAGGACCGGCCGCAGCAUCCGGGGCCUGAGCCUGCCCCCCGCCUGCACUCGGGCGGAGCGCCGAGAGGUGGAACGGGUGGUGGUGGACGCCCUGUCUGGGUUGAAGGGAGACCUGACCGGAAAAUACUACAGUCUGACUCAGAUGACCGAGAAGGAGCAACAGCAGCUCAUUGAUGACCACUUCCUGUUCGACAAACCUGUGUCGCCACUCCUGACCUGCGCAGGCAUGGCCCGUGAUUGGCCAGACGCCCGCGGUAUUUGGCACAACAAUGAGAAGACCUUUUUGAUUUGGAUCAAUGAGGAGGAUCACACCAGAGUGAUCUCCAUGGAGAAGGGAGGCAACAUGAAGAGGGUCUUUGAGAGGUUCUGCAGAGGCCUUCUGGAGGUGGAGCGGCUGAUCAAGGAGAGAGGCUGGGAGUUCAUGUGGAACGAGAGGCUCGGCUACAUCCUGACGUGCCCCUCCAACCUAGGGACUGGACUCAGGGCCGGUGUCCACGUUAAGCUGCCCAAACUAAGCAAGGAUCCCCGCUUCAAUACGAUCCUGGACAACCUGCGCCUGCAGAAGCGCGGGACGGGCGGCGUGGACACGGCGGCUGUAGGCGGCGUGUUUGACAUCUCCAACCUGGACCGUCUGGGACAGUCUGAGGUCCAGCUGGUGCAGACUGUGAUCAAUGGCGUCAACUACCUAAUUGAGUGCGAGAAGCGGCUGGAGAAAGGCCAGGACAUCAAGGUGCCAGCACCCCUUAAGCUGUUCAAGUAGACACUGGUCCCUUCACCGCUGCACACAAACCUCUGGGCACACACACACACACACACACACACACACACACACACACACACACACACACACACACACACACACACACACACAGCCGUGUGCCCAUAGAUAUUUCCAGAAGAUAUCUAUGUCGCCUCAUUAAUAAUUAUUAUUAUUACUCUACCAUCACUAUGCUACCUAUCUAAUCAGCCACUCCGUCCCUGCUCCUCAGUAUACUCUAUAAUUUCAUUUGUAUAUAUAAUAUAUAACCGUCUGGCUGAUAACGUCCCAGAACUUCAUCAGACCCAAAACGCUCCAAGCUCAGAUCAGAAUCUUGCUCUAAAAUGUUAAAAGUGAUUUAUAGAGUUAUGGAAGCUGUGGGGCUGUUUUAUUAAAGCAAAACAAAAAUAAUCAGCUUCUCUGCAUGGCCAAAAAGUAAAACAAAAAAGAAAAUCAGCAACUCUCCCCUUCCCGUUACUCCCACCUUUACUCAGCCACACGUCCUGCACUCUGUCCCCUGUCACCGGCCCCUCUCUCCUGCGUGGUGAUUUCCCUUCCUACCUGGCACUUGUAUAGUCCCAUACGUCCGUGCUCCAUCAUCCAUCGUGGAAUGUGUGUACAUAGUUUCUUUUCAGACGUUUAAUUUAUUUUGAAUGUAGAUUUUAUGGUUUUGUUCCAAGCGGAAGGCUGGAGAGACGUUUGUCUUCUCCAGCAGACGUGUUCGUCAGGUUCUGAUGUUCCGAACACACACUUGGCCGGGUCGGGCUCCGUACUGUAAGCUCCUGAAGCAAUAUCGUUUGAGCCAUAACAGAUUGUCACACUGUCAUGCCUUUUAAUAAACAAAUCAUCUAUUUAACAGUA